AUGACGGUGGAAUAUCAGUGUUGUGAAACAGAGUUUUUCAUAAGGAUAGUGAUAAUUGUGUUGCUUGUUGUGUUUGCUGGAUUGAUGUCUGGGCUUACUUUAGGUCUCAUGUCUUUGAGCCUUGUUGAUCUUGAGGUUCUUGCUAAAUCUGGUACUCCUCAGGAUCGAAAACAUGCUGAUAAAAUAUUGCCUGUUGUAAAAAAUCAACAUCUAUUGCUUUGCACUCUUUUGAUUUGCAAUGCUGCUGCCAUGGAGGCACUUCCGAUAUUUCUUGAUAGUCUUGUUGUUGCUUGGGGAGCUAUCUUAAUUUCUGUGACACUAAUUCUUCUCUUUGGUGAGAUUAUUCCUCAAUCAGUUUGUUCUCGAUAUGGUUUAACGAUCGGUGCAACAGUGGCUCCGGUUGUUCGUGUUCUUGUAUGGAUAUGUUUUCCUGUUGCUUAUCCAAUUAGCAAGUUGUUGGAUUUUUUGCUUGGUCAUCGCCAUGAAGCUCUUUUCCGCAGAGCUGAGCUGAAAACACUAGUAAAUUUACAUGGUAACGAGGCUGGAAAAGGUGGUGAACUAACACAUGAUGAAACAACUAUCAUUGCUGGAGCACUUGAACUCUCUGAGAAAACUGCUGGUGAUGCUAUGAGUCCUAUAAAUGAAAUAUUUUCUAUUGAUAUUAAUUCAAAACUUGAUAGAGAUUUGAUGAAUGUUAUAUUGGAGAAAGGACAUAGCAGAGUCCCUGUUUAUUAUGAAGAGCCUACGAAUAUCAUUGGACUUAUUCUGAUCAAGAAUUUAUUAACUAUUGAUCCAGAAGAGGAACUACCUGUGAAAAGUGUGACCAUACGUAAAAUACCAAGGGUUCCAGAAAUGAUGCCACUGUAUGAUAUAUUGAAUGAAUUCCAAAAGGGACAUAGCCACAUGGCUGUUGUUGUGAGAAAUUUUGAUAAGAUAGGGCAACAAUCUUCCAACAAUAAUUGCAAUGAUUCGGUGAGAGAUGUGAAGAUCAAUAUUGACGUGGAAAAGACUCCUCAAGAAAAAAUGUUGAAAAACAAAAUGCAACUUCAUAAGAGGAAAAGCUUACCAAAUGCGAGUAAUUCAAAUAGGAGCACCGGUUCUUCUAGGAGCAAAAAAUGGUCACAAAAUAUUUACUCAGAUAUUUUGGAAAUUGAUGGAAAUUCAAUUCCAAAGCUACCUGAAAAAGAAGAAGCUGUUGGAAUUAUUACAAUGGAAGAUGUAAUUGAAGAGCUUUUGCAGGAGGAGAUCUUUGAUGAGACAGAUCAUUUUGAAGACUCGUAA